UCUCGGAGCGGAAGAGAAAGACUGUAACGGUUCUCACACAGAAUUUGGACUCAUAUUUAAGUGAAAUGUUCAGAAUGUGUGUCGUUCUGCUCGUCUUUUCCAGCAUCUGUACAGUUGUUGUUGGUGCUCCAGUUAAAGUCACAGGACACACAGGAGGGAGAGCUGACAUCAGAUGCACAUAUGAAUCUGGAUAUGAAUCAAAUUCAAAGUAUUUGUGUAAAGGCGCGUGUAACAUUGGAAAUAAAGUCAUCAUGGUUAAAUCAGGAUCUCCAGCUGAAGACCAGAGAUUCUCUCUGAGUGACGACAGGACGGCCAGAGUUUUCACCGUCACCAUCACUGAUCUGAGACAAGAGGAUGCAGGACAGUACUGGUGUGGAGUGAAGAGGAGUUUAUCUGAUGUCUAUUCAGAGAUUGUGUUGCUGGUUAAACAGGAUAAUAAGACCACUGAGGUUUCGACCACCAGUCCUUUUACAGCAACACCGUCAAAUUUCAGCAAAACAGAACCAUAUCCACAGUCCAGCAACAUCACAAUCACAGAAAGAAAAGAAACAAUCACAGAAAGAAACGAAACAAUCCCAGAUCGGCACAACUCCUCAUCAGGCUCUGUCAUCUACAUCUCUGUUGGGGUAGUCAUCAUGCUGGUCAUCUUCCUAAUGGCGCUGAUGCUGCUGUGUAUGAAGAGAAGCAGGAAAUCACCAAGAGUUACUCAAUCUGGACUUUCACAACAAGUCUCCGUUGUGCUUCUUCCUUUGAAUGAAAAAACUGCAGAGGACUUUAAUGACCACAAAUAUGAGGAAAUCAACAAGUGGCAGCACAAGAACAAAGACAUCACAACGGUGUACACAACAGCAGAUAGACUAGAUGAUCCAACGAUCUACUCUACAGCAGAUAAACCUGAUGAUCCAACGAUCUACUCUACAGCAGAUAAACCUGAUGAUCCAACGAUCUACUCUACAGCAGAUAAACCUGAUGAUCCAACGAUCUACUCUACAGCAGAUAAACCUGAUGAUCCAACGAUCUACUCUACAGCAGAUAAACCUGACGAUUCAAUGAUCUACUCUACAGCAGAUAAACCAGACGAUUCAACAAUCUACUCAUCAGCAGAUAAACCUGAAGAUUCAACAAUCUACUCAACAGCAGAUAAACCUGACGAUUCAAUGAUCUACUCAACAGCAGAUAAACCAGAUGUUUCAACGAUCUACUCAACGGUAGAUUGACCAGAUGAUCCAACCGUAUGAUGAUUUUACUGACUGCGUCUCAGAGCAGCUGAUGCAUCAGUGAAAAAUGCAUCAGUGACAGGACAAAAAAAAAAUGAUUUUAAGAAGAAAUUUUGGAUAAAGAAAUCCCAGAUUUAAAGAUUUUAAGAAGACA